AUGGGGGAUAACAUUCGAGUCGCUGUGAGAGUACGUCCUUUAAUUCAAAGGGAACUACGUAAAAAUGAUACAAGUUUGUGGAAUAUAACAGAACAAAAAACGAUUUCUCAGUUAAAUUAUCCUUCAGUAUCAUUUUCCUUUGAUCGAGUAUUUGGCAGCUUAGAAGAUAACAAACUAGUUUAUGAAGAAAUUUGUUCUCCAAUUGUAAAAUAUGUUCUUCAAGGAUUUAAUGGUACCAUCUUUGCAUAUGGUCAAACAUCAUCCGGAAAGACUUAUACAAUGUUGGGUGAAGAAUCACGAAACACACCAGGUGUUCUGCAUCACACAAUUUCAGAAAUUUUUAGAAGUAUUCAAAAUGUGCCAGAACAUGAAUUCAUUCUCAGCGUUUCAUUCAUGGAAAUUUAUAAUGAAAAAAUUCGUGAUCUUUUGGAUGAGGAUAAAAAGAAAGAUUUGAAAAUACAGGAAGAUAAGGAUGGAUUCAUUCGGGUUACGGGAUUGUGCGAGAAAGCUGCUGAGACACCCGAGGAAGUUCUAGCGUGGAUGAAAAAUGGAGAAAAGCGAAGACAUGUAGGAGAAACAUUGCUUAAUCAGAAGAGUUCCAGGUCUCAUUCAAUAUUUCGAAUGAAUUUGAUAAGAAGAAUGCGAGACGUCGAAGAUGCUGAUGUGAAUAUUUCUCAACUUAACCUAGUAGAUUUAGCUGGAUCUGAAAGAGUUAAUCAAGCUGGAACAACAGGAGCACGUUUUAAGGAGAGUGUUUAUAUCAACAAGUCAUUAUCUAUGCUGACCACAGUUAUCAGUCAAUUAAGUGAACAGCAGGAGUAAGUAUCUUACUUUGUGAAUUUUCGAGACUCUAAGCUAACAAGAUUGCUACAAAAUUCUUUGGGAGGAAAUGCUCAUACGGCAAUUAUUUGUACCGUUACCCCUGCUACAGUAGAAGAAACUCGUUCAACUCUUCAGUUUGCAAGCAGAGCUAAAACCAUCAGAAAUAAUCCUCAAGUGAAUGCAAUUAAGACCGAUCAAUCAGUAAUUAAGCGUUAUGAGAAAGAUCUUAAGUUAUUAAAUGAGAAACUAGAGGCUAGUAAGAUGCAAAAUAAGCAACUUGAAGAGAAAAAUAAACAGAAUGAAGCUCUUAAACAACAAAUCGAAGACCUAAAGGCUAAAUUUGUUGCUCAGCUUGUUCAAGGUGCACGGGACAUACAAGUUCAGAAAAUCAGCCGUCGUGAAACUUGGGGUGGUCACUUAAUUAGAAGAAACUUAACAGCUCUUUGCACUCCUCGCAAAAUGUUGCCAUCUACAGAUCUCCCAACUUUAGAUGAAGAUCCUGAUGCUGAAUUUGAAAGCACUUUCCCUCUUGCUUCAGUAGCUUCAGAUGAAAGUAUGUAUGAUAAAAUGGCUAGUGAAUUAGAUAAUUCACUUUUGAGACGUUCGAGUACAUUUCAGAAGUUAGAAGAUGUUGGUAUACAAACGGAUUUCAAUGCAAAGAUGGAGGACAUUGCAAUUCAAACAGAAGGAGACUUCCAGAAGGCAAAGGAUGUAUUAUGUCAAACCAGUGAAUUAAAUGUUGAGGACAAUUCAUCACAAGGCACCAGUUGCAAAAGGUUGGGCAUUCCUCCCAAAUGUCACCCCCAGGAUAUGGCCCUGAAGCCAUGCAGUGGAUAUGCAUUGCUUGUGGCUGUAAAUGUAAAAAGCAAAGCAUCAGAAAAAUGUGCAUGUGAAUUUUAUGAAAAGUACCAAUCAAUCUCAGAGCAUACGGGAAAGAUAGAGAAUGAACUUAAUGAACUGCGGUUCUUUACUAGUUUGGAAAGACAAGUUACUUUUGAUGAGCUGAAUGAGAUGACAAAAGUUGUUGAGGAGAGAUUGCUGAAUUCUGAAACCUAUGCCAAGAAUGUUGCUGAUCUAGAAGCAAUGUAUGAGGCUAGAGAAGCGGAUUGGAAUACUAAAACUGAAUUGCUUGUCAAGGAUUUAGAAGAUAAGUAUGAGCAGGAAAUGGCUAAUCAAGAAAAUAAAUUGUUUGAAGAAAUGGAAACGAAAAUAGCUGCACUGAAUGAAAAACACUUAAAACAAGAAAAUGAAAGAAAUAAAGAAUUUUCCCAAAAAGUAGAGGAGCUUAAAAAAUUCAAUGAGGCGACUGUAUUGGCAUUGAAAGCAGAACACGAAAAACAGAUAAAGGAUUUGGAACUUCUAACAAAUACACAGGUUUCAUCAUACCUUGAAAGAAACAAGGAAUUGACUCAAAAAAUGCAAGAGUUCGAAAGAUUCCAUGAAGAUACGUUAAUUGCAUUGAAAGCAGAGCACGAAAAACAGAUAAAAGAUUUAGAACUUCAAACAAAUACUCAGGUUUCGUCAUACCUUGAAAAAAACAAGGAAUUGACGCAAAAAAUACAACAGCUUGAAAAUGUGAAUGAAAAUGAAGUAUUCACAUUGAAAGCAAAUCAAGAAAAGCAAAUACAGGAUUUGGAGCUUCAAUUAAAUACCCAAAUUUCAUCUAACCAAGAACUUAAAAAUAAGAUUGAGCACAAUAAGCGGGAAAUGUUUGCUACACAAAUGAAGUACAAUUCCUUGCUAGACUCACUCAAGCGAAAAUUUGACCAGAGAAAAAAAAGUCAUGAGCUUGAUAAACAACAACUUCAAGCUAAAUCAGAAGAAAUUGAACACUUAAAAGCAAAGUUAACAGGAAAAAACAGUAGUGUAACUGAAAUUAGCAUACAGCAGUUGCAAGAAAAAUUAACUGAUGUUACGAAUGAAAAAGAUUCCAUAUUUAAAGAAUAUUCUGCAUUAAAACAACAGGUUGCUGAAUUGCAAAAUAAAAUUGAGCAAAAAGAAAAUGAAUUCCAACAACAGCGUCAAAUGAUAACAAAAGAAUUCAGGUUAGAAAUUAAAGCUAUGAAAGAAAAGAAUGAAGCCCUUUUGUUCGAACUAGAUCAAAAGAAAGCUAAAAUAGUCACACUGGAGCAUAAUAAUUCAAAUUUAGUGAAAGAAUUGAAAAAACCCAAAGAAUAUUCUUCAAAACACAAUCAUCCUACAACAUCAAAAACAGAAACUGAAACACAAAGUAGUACAAAGAAAAUUCCAAGUGGUUGCAUUCAAGACAGUGGUAAAAAAGAAGCAGAAAUAAGGAAAGUAGAAAAGUCGAAAACUAUUUAUCCAUCUUCACAAGCUGAGAAUGUACAAGAACUUCCUUUUGAUUUGCCAGAAAAUGAGAAAGCUUUACUCAUGGGUGGCACUGGGCCAGUUAACAUGUUCAGAGCAAUUUAUCUUGAACAUGAGUUAAAAAAGAAAGACAAAGAGAUAUCCAAAUUGAAGAAAGAGUUAUUAAAAUCUCGAAGUUUAUUUACACAAGAGGAACAACAAACAGCUGCAAAUCCAAGCAAGGUUGAGCUGAAAAAACCUCAUCGAGUAGUUGAAGACAUUACUAAUGAAUUUAUAACUCAGAAAAUACACUUGAGUGAGUCUCAUCCUUAUCCACCAGGGGCAAUUCCAAAAGUGAUGCCAAAAAGGAUCUUGAAAAGAACAACAAUGCAUGAAUUGGAAAACAAAUUUCCCACAGAAAGAGUACCUGACUCAGUUACCAAGUCAAAGCCAGAUGGUAUAAGGCUGAUGACAGGUGAUACGGAUGUGCCUAACUGUAAACAGCAAUAAAGACUGUCCAUAUGAAAAUGAGUGAUUGCUGUAUAAUUUUAUCUUGUAGACUG